AUGACUCUUGAAGAUUUCUUUACCUUGACUGAGAUGAAAGAUGGGCUCACAGCACCUUCACGGGUGCAGGAGCUGGUAACUGUCAUGCAGAUGGAAAAAAAUUGUGAGGUUAAAAAUUCUGCUGAUGCCACAAGGCAGUGGGCUGCUGUUGCAAGCACUAUUGCUGCUACAGAGAAUAACGAUUGCCUUGAUCUUUUUAUUCAAUUGAAUGGACUUUGCUUCAUCAAUAGAUGGUUAAAGGAUGCCCAAAAAUUUGAGGUUGAUGCAAACGACAGCUUUGUUGAAGAGUCAAUUACUGCAAUGUUACGUGCAGUUGAAAGGCUUCAUCUAGACAGUGAGAAGUCAAUGUCAUCUGGAAUUCGCAUCACUGUAAGUAGUCUCCUUGGCCAUCAUAGUGCCAGGGUUCAGGAUAGCGCGAGGACAUUGUUUGACAGCUGGAAGGGAGCUGAAAAUGUUGAUACUGAAUCCCAUGAUGUGGAGCUUGCUAAGGUUGACAAUGCAAGUAAUGAGAUUGUCAGCGAGGAAGGCCAGACAUCUGCUGUGAAUGAAGCUGGCAAUAAUAAUGAUCAUGCGUCAGGACUAAAUGGAACUAUACAUUCUCUAUUGAGAAGCUCAGAUAAUUUGCUGGUAGAUAGUUCUGAUAAUAAGUGUCAUUCUUCCACCAGUUUGGAAUGUGAUGGCAUCAAAGAGGAAUCAGUAAACCAUGUUGCUGAUGUUCCAUCUUCUGCUCAAGAAGUUUCCACACACGAAGGCAGUUUUGAAGGACAGUCAAAUGUGAUACCGUUAAUUGGGGAAAAGCAGGAGCAAAAUGUUAAUGACCCUCCAGAAAAAUUAGGAGCACCAGAGAUCUGUUCUGCAUCCUCUAAGCCAGAGCCCGAGUCUGUUUCCAUUAUUUCUUCUGAACCAAAAGCACCAGACUCUGCGAAAGAACCAGCUUUGGAGCAAAAGGUUGAACACAAAGUGGAUGAUGUUUGUCGGAAGUUAACUAUUUCUACUAGUAUGAGGACACCUGCAUCUGAUAAGAGGACUGGGGAAGAUGAUGUUAGGACUGUAACUAGCAUGAAACAAGUUUUCAAAGCUGCAGAAAAUGACAAUAGCAGUUCUAAUAUAUUGCAGGAUACAUCUGUCGGUGACAGUAACUUGGGAAAGACUGAGGUGUCAGAUAUGUCUGUCUGUGUAGCAGGAUAUGUCACACCAUCAAAGGAAGGCAAGGACCUUGUUUGUAAUGACAAAGAAGCUACAUCAAUUGGCUCUGAUUCUAGUAAACCUGAAAUAGAUUUUAGAAGGUCUAACAUAGUUGACAAGAGAGAUUCUGACAAUGAACUUGACUGUGGCAUUGUGGAUCCUUUAGAAUUUGCCCGACAGGUUGCUCAGGAAGUGAAUAGAGAAGUCAGCAGUUCUUCAGAAAAAAUCUCAGAUGGUAUAAUCAGGCAACCACGCAGUCCAGAAUCUGUAAGAAAAGAGGAUGAGCUCACUUCUGUCCCACCAGAGAAUGUUUCCUCAAGACAAAGCCUUGCUACUGAGGCAUGUGAAACGGAGGGGCAUGCAAGUAUUUUAGACGACCCUGAGGCUGAGGCAGAAUGCAGAACUGAUAUGCUGUGCAUGGAAGAAGCUCAAGAUUCAGGAGGUAAUUCAGAGAAACGACCUUGUGGCUUUGAUCUCAACGAAGUUGUUUCUGAUUAUAUGGAUGUUUGUGUAAAUACGACAUCUACCCCAAUACCUAUUGUCUCUGCUUCAAGGCCUAUGCCAACUCUUGGGUUGCCUGGUGCCCCUUUGCAGUUUGAGGGAACGCUUGGGUGGAAAGGAUCAGCUGCCACUAGUGCCUUUCGGCCUGCAUCUCCUCGGAAGUAUUGUGAUAGUGAGAGGAAUCUUUCUGUGGAUAUGAAUUUUGACACUUCCAUGCAGAGGCAGAAUUGGCUUGAUAUUGAUCUAAAUGUAGCUGAGGGUGAAGAAGGCAAUGCAGAACCUAUUGCUGAAUCUUCAGGCAGGCCUUCUGGGCAAUCAUCAGUUGAAUUUAAGUCUAAAAGAUCAAGCAGGCUUGAAUUUGAUUUGAACAGUACAGGUGAUGAUGGUAACAUCCAACCUUCAGAUCACAGGAUGGAGGGACAACUCUUUCUUGGAAGAAAUGGUUAUUGGAGUCCAUCACCUACAUCGUCAUCGUCAUCAAUGCAGCCAUAUAUUAGAAACAUUGAUUUGAAUGACAGGCCAUGCCUUCAAACUGAUUUGGUAGACCUGGGGUCCAGUAAGUCUUCUCAUAUUAUCAAUGCAUAUAAUUGUUCUAAAUCAUCAGAUGCUUCCGUUAUCUCUAUUUUGGGUGCCAAGGUAGAAGUUGGUAAAAAAGAAUGUGUUCCUCAAUCGUUUCUGCCGAAUGGAAAGGGUGUUGAACCUGCGAUAGAUCUUACAAUGUCAAGAGCAGGUGGCAUUAUAGGGACGACCCCCACAGUAUCCUUCAAUCAAUCAUCAGCUAUUGGGUAUAAUGGAGUGGCAUCAGCAUCAGCGGCACCUGCAUUACCUUUUUCAUCAGCCAUGUACGGGUCAGGAACAUCAGCCAUGUACGGGUCAGGUGGCACAGUUCCGUAUAUGGUGGACUCAAGAGGAGCUGCAGUUGUCCCUCAAGUGGGUGGACCUUCGUUAAAUAUCCUUUCAUCAUCUUACUCUCAGCAACCGAUCUUUAUGAACAUGACAAGUACACAACUUGGUCUAAAUGGAUUUGGACCUUCUCGUCCUAACUUUGACCUGAACUCUGGCUUCAUGAUUGAGGGUGGGAAUAGAGACACAUUGGCAGCAAGGCAAUUUUUCUUUCCUGGUCAGGGAAGGGCUGCGGAGGAGCAAGUAAGAACCAUGCCGCAACCCUCAAGUUCAGGGGUUGGUGGGAAGCGAAAGGAACCAGACAGUGGUUGGGAACCCUACCCAUAUAGCUACAAACAUUCGCAGUCUCCCUGGAAGUAG